AUGGCCUGGCUUCAGAUUUUCGUUGUUUUCCUCCUCUGUGUGUGCUCAGCCGUUGUUGGUGAGCCAUGCACGAAUCCAGCCAAGCGAAGAGCAUGGCAUACCCUAAGCAAUGCAGACAAGCUUGCUUACAUCAAUGCUGAGCUUUGUCUGAUGCAGAAGCCGGCAAGACUCGGUCUCCCAGGAGCCAAGACCAGGUUCGACGAGCUCCAGGCCAUCCACCAGCUGCAAGCAUACGCGACCCAUUUCGUUGGCUCCUUCUUGCCUUUCCAUAGGCUCAUGAUGCAUGCCCACGAAAGUGCUCUACGUUCCGAGUGCGGAUACACUGGAUACCAGCCAUACUGGCAUGAACAAAUCGACGCCGGAAAAUUCAGCCGCUCAGUGCUCCUCGACGCAACCUAUGGCUUCGGUGGCGACGGCUCGAGAACGACGGGAUGUAUAACAAACGGCCCCUUUGUGAACUACACCAACUCCCUGGGACCGGGAUACGAGGUAACCAGCCACUGCAUCAACCGGCGAAUCAGCGACCUCGCCAGCAUGGGCUCUUCGCAAGCUCAAGUGGACGCAUGUCUCGCAAUGAAAGACUUUGAGACUGCAUGGCCAUGUAUCGAAGGACAGCCGCACUCUGGGGGACACGCGGGAGUAGGCGGACAGAUGCAAAAUGGCGUUUCGAGCCCCGGUGACCCUCUUUUCUACCUGCACCAUACCUGGCUGGACAAGGUGUUCUGGGAUUGGCAGGCAAGGGACAGAGCCGUGAGGGUUUCCAGGAUUGCUGGGACAAACAUUGGGCCUGAUUUCGCCCCUGGUUUCCCUCCAAGACCGGCUAGCAUUCCAAAACCGACAGGCGCCGAUGGAGAUCCGGGUAGAGUGACUACUAUGGGGCAUGUUCUGAACAUGUAUGGGAACGGUCCAAACAAGACAAUUGCCGAUGUGAUGGACAUCCAAGGGGACUUUCUCUGCUAUGAGUAUGUUGAGCCGUAG